CACCGGACGUGGCGCAUUCUUUAAUUGACAACCUAUCGGGCCAUUCACCGCUCUGCGCUCAGCGGCCUAUCAGAGGCGAUGAUUCUGAUAUGUGGAUGCUGUUAAACCAAUGGGGGCGAGGGGCCUGCGGAGACAGGAUAAUCUGGAGCGCGAGAGUUUCAAAAUGAGCUUUAAUUUUGGGGCUCCAGCUGGAGGCAGUGGUUUCGCAUUCACAGCUCCCAAGACUUCCACAGGAACAGGAAGUGGAUUCACUUUUGGCAACAACACUGCAGGCUCCCAAGGAAGCUUCGGCUUUGGAACAGCACAGCAGGCCCCUGCAGCCAGCACCUCAGCACCCAGUGCCAGCCUGUUCUCAUUCAGCACUCCAAGCACCGGAGUCACAUCUUCCACUGGAUUCUGCCUGCCCACACAGCCAGCAGCAACCUCCACUGCUGGAGGCUUUUCACUGGGGGUGAACAAAACGAGUUUGGGGUUCGGUGGCACAGCAUGUCAGCCAAUCUCUGGUUUCUCCUUUGGUAAUGUGCCUGCUGCCAACACCAGCACUACCACCUCUUGUCCACCCCUGUCCUCUGGAUCGAUAGCACAGACCACAGCUCCAGCAGGCUUCAGUUUUGGCACCAACACGGCACAACCAGCUGUGGGAGGCUUUGGCCCCAGUGCCUGUUCCACAGCACAGUCAACAGCUUCAACUGGCUUUGGAUUCACCUCUACCCCAGCUGCCCCAACCCAGACCACUGCAGCCAGCGGAUUUACCUUUGGCGCAGCCACCAAUGGAACGCCCACGCUCACUGGUUUCAGUUUUGGCACUCCAGCAGCUACAACAGCCCCCAAACCAGCGGCACCACUUUCCAUUGGUGCACAGUCUGCAGGUUUUGCCUUUGGCCCACCUACAACCGUGUCAAGUGCCACCACUUCAGCUCCUGCAACUCAAAGCUUUUCCUUCGGUGCAAAGGCAGCAGGGGCUUCAACUGGUACAUCUGCAGCUGGGCCAACUCUGUUUGCCUCAGUGGUGAGCUCAGUGCCUCCUGCCACUUCAGUGACAACUGGUUUUGCACUGACCAGCAGUGCUGCUCCUGUUCCUGUGACUUCGACAACUUCUGCUCCAUUUGGAUUUAAGCCAACCAGUACAGCCUUGCCUGUCACCACAACUACACCCUUGGCUUCCACCUCCGCUGCUACAACGACCACCAACACUGGGUUUUCUCUGGGGUUGAAGACACCAGCGAGUUUCUCUCUAACGCCAGGACCAGCUGCGGCAACCACGAGUGUGAGCACCACCACUGCUGCAACCAUCACUGCUGUUGGCACCACUGCUGCCACCAUCACCACCACCAGUGCUGCUCCCAUUACCAGUAGUGCCCCUCCAGUUAUGUCAUAUGCUCAGCUGGAGAGUCUCAUCAACAAGUGGAGUGUGGAGCUGGAGGAUCAAGAGAAACAGUUCCUGCACCAGGCCACCCAAGUCAACGCCUGGGACCGAAUGCUCAUCGAGAAUGGGGAGAAGAUCACUGCCUUGCACCGAGAAGCAGAGAAAGUGAAACUGGAUCAGAAGAGACUGGACCAGGAGCUUGACUUCAUCUUGUCACAGCAGAAGGAACUGGAAGACCUGCUGGCACCGCUGGAGCAAUCUGUCAGGGAUCAACAUGGUACCAUUUACCUGCAGCAUGCAGAUGAAGAACGGGAGCACACUUAUAAAUUGGCGGAGAAUAUUGAUGCUCAGCUGAAGAGGAUGGCCCAGGAUCUGAAAGAAAUUAUCCAGCAUCUCAACACCACCAACAGCUCCUCUGAGAUCAGCGAUCCUCUGCAACAGAUUUGCAAAAUUCUCAAUGCGCACAUGGAUUCACUGCAGUGGAUUGACCAGAGCUCAGUCUUGCUCCAGAAGAAAGUGGAGGAUGUCUCAAAACAAUUUGAAAUGCGACGGAGAGAGCAAGAGAGGAACUGCAGAAUUACAUUUGACUGAAUCCUGCCAGGAUUUAACUUGCACCAUGAACCUGUAUCGUUCUUUUUUCAAUUAGUUUUCAAUAAAGAAUCCCAUUAUUGCUCAA